AUGGCCCAAUACGCCCUGGAGGCGGGUGUCAGCUGGCUGGCCACAUCUGUAUCAGUGGUGGCCAGCGGAACUUGGCAGUUUGCCAAAUGGACACACAAAUAUGUGAUGCAGCAAGCCGAAGAACUGGAAGCAGAUGAACCAGAGGAAUCGUAUUUCCAACAGAUGGUUGAUAAGGAAAAGGAGUUUCACAAUUAUGUUCGACAACAAAUUAUCUGCAUGUGGCUAUUCAUGUUACUAUAUCUAUUUGCAUAUUGGCUUAUAUCAAGAUUAAAACGAAAAACGGAAAGAGAAGCACUGUAUGCUGGAGAGGAAGACUAUUUUGUCUACCGAGUAUCUGUAUGGAUCAGCAGUACAGCAACAGCAACAUCAAUAGGAUCCCUAACACUGUUGCCGUUCUCCGUUAUUGGAGUAGAACUACUUCAGCUUUAUGAUGGAAACUACUACUUACAGUGGUUGUCAUAUUCGUUGAUUGGAGCUCUUUGGAAUUACGUUUUCGUUCUUUCCAACGUCUCGUUAUUUGUUCUAUUGCCAUUUUCUUAUUUUUUCAUCGAAUCUCAAGGGUUUUCGACGUCGAAAAUUGGAAAUGACAUGACUCAACGCAUCUACGAAGCCAUGGCGAUUUCUUUUCUGUUCGCAUUCGUUCUUCUGUGCCUCGCGGAAGUUGUUUUAACCAUCCUCGACUACCCUGUAUCAUUUCUUUCGAUCACUUCUGUCAAUCUUCCAUUGAUCUACUCAUGUGUCAGUUUUAUCGGAGCGGUUCUUCUCCUGAUUUCGACUCCAUAUGGGUUCGCGAAAAUGUUCUCUCUGGCCAGAGAUUUUUUGGUUACGGAGGAAACCGCAGACAUCGAGGAAGAGAAUUCAGAACAAUCAGAAGAUGUAACAGAGCCGAAAAAUUCAAGUUCUGAUGAAACGAUACAUCAAGUUGAUCGCAGCGAUACUCCACAUCUAGAAGACGUGGUCAAUGAUAUAACUGAAAACGUUGAUGCAGAUGGAGAGUUUAGAAAGGAUAGUGAUAGCGGAAUCGAAUCUGGAUCAACUGAAGAAAUGCGGCUGAACACUGAUGACGAAGAGAUGGGAAUAAAUGAUUCGGAUGAUAAGUCAGCGUUUGGUGAUGAUGGAGAUUUAGGAAACUCAACACCCACCAAAAAUAAAAAGAAGAGGAGGAAACAUGAUUAUGCUGCGACAACACCUAUAGUUCGAAAAUGGGAUAAAGAUGUUCCAAAAAAGCCAAAGAAUCCAAAUUUCGACUAUAGGAAUCUGAAAGAGUAUGUCAAAGAGGCUCGCCGGCAGAGGUCAUCCCUUUCUGAAUCUGACGAUUAUUGGUUUGGGUCACCUCCAAGGAGCUCAUUUUCGGCAAAUUAUUAUUCUUCAAGAUUUUCUCGCUGGAAACACAAUUCCGAAACUGGCCUCAAUCCAUCCUCAUCACUUCUUGUGGAUCCUUUUGCUUCUGGAGAUUUCCAUGAAGCAUCUUCGUCUGAGGCAUCAUCAACACCAUUAUCACCUGCUCGUCGCACCAAAUCCGAGGAAGCCAUCUGGAAGCCAGUUCUUCACACAGUAAAAUCCUCGAAAUUAUACAAAAGAGCAAUUGAGAAGCAGGGGCGACUUGUGAAACUUUUCAUGAGUCUUCGAUUCCCAGUAGCGGCCGCUGCUUUGUUAGUUUUGACGACAUGCUCUCUAAUCAUGGUGGCUACAAAUACCUUGAAAUUGUUAUUCGGGUAUCGCAGUUUACCUGUCUAUGCUCAAUACAUUGAGGUACACACUCGUCAUUCAUUCGGACUUUUUGGGGCUUGCAUCGAAACUCUUCUCAUUAUUUACGUGAUGAUCACAUCUUUCGUUGGGCUGUACUCCCUUCCGGUUCUUCGUUCUCUUCGACCUGUUCGAAAAGAUACUCCAAUGCCAACGAUAAUUAUUAAUUCUUCAAUAGUUCUUGUUGUUGCAUCCGCUCUCCCAGUAGCUGUUAACACAGUUGGAAUGACAACUUUUGAUCUUCUCGGCUCCCACUCAUCGCUCCAAUGGCUUGGAUCAUUUCGAGUCGUUGUUGCCUAUAAUACUCUAUUCGUCGUGUUGUCUGUCGCAUUUCUCUUCAAUCAAUUGACUGCUUCAAUGAGAAGGCAAAUCUGGAAGUGGAUAUGUCAACUACGAUGUGGAAUCAGACGGGAGAGUGAUGCGGAUGAAACCAUUGAGAUCCUUAGAGGCGAUAAGAAAAGCAAUUGAAUUUCUUUCCUUUUUCAACACUUCUUACCCAUGUUCAUCAUUUUAAUCUUUUCAUUACAAAAACAAGGUCCUAUUUUUUUUCUCGGGUACUACUCGCCUUUUCUAAUAAUUCAGAAUCAUCAAUUUUUGCCAACCUCUAGCUUUACAUGUCUGUUUUUCAUCAUUUUCUCUCAAGCAUUCUCCUAAUAUAUUAUGUUCCCUAGUAUUUCCCCUCAGUCAGCAAUUUUCUCGUCGUCGAAACCGUUUAGCUUUACUUUCAAUCAAAACGUGGAACAUUUUUCAAACUAUUUGAAGCCAAAAAAAACCAGGGCUUUUGUAUAUGUACCAUAUUUUCCCUCUGAUUUUCUUUAUCGCCUUCUCUUUUCAUGUAGAAUAACUGAAAUACAAACCAUUUUAAUUUUUUCUUUUAAUUAUCAAUACUGUCCGUAUAGGUAAAAAUUAUUUC